AUGUACAACGUAGGAAUAAACCAAAUGUACAACACCGUACUGGACGGUGGUUACCCUCAGUGUCCUGGAUUCGACGCUCCAGAAUCUCUGACUAAGGAGUCCAUGUUGCGAAUCCUGGAGAAGAUAAUAAUCGGCAAACUAACCGACUAUUCCGACGAAAAGAUCAUUUCGGAGGAGAUGAAAAGGUACGGCUAUGACAACACGCUGGAUGCUCUGGUGGCUUUCAAGAGUGUCGAGAACACUUACAACUACGACCAUUCAUUCCUCAAGGAGCGUGGUAAACUAACUGAAAAGUUCAAGAAGAUAUGCUCGAACGACAGCAUCCAAAGGGUAAAUGCUGAGGAGCUGGCGAUUUUAAUAGACACAAUGGAGGAAGAUACACCGCUAUAUCUUGCAGUAUUUGACGACUUUGUGGACCCAUCACUGCUUGAGGUUAUCGAGCAGAGGGUCAGCUCUGGAGGUGAACCAGCUGAGCAGAGCCAUAAAGAGGACGGAGACCAGGGCAUAGCAAAGGUCCACGAGGAGGAAAUAUGCGGCUCAGGGGACAAACGUGGGCACGAUGCCAAGGAUCAGAGUCGGGGUGAACCCACAGACGGCAAAGUAACCGACAGUGUGGAGUCGAGUGCAGUAACCUGCUGGACUUUUAGAUGCAACUUGGCUCCGGAAACAAAAGUCUCUUCAUUCCCGGCAGUCUUGUGCUUUAGGAACCGCAAAGUCGAGGUAAGUUGCGAAUUACAACGUGUGUCAUGA